UUUGCCCUUACUGCCUCCCGGCGUCCAUUCGAUGUUACGUGGCCAUGGCUGUCCCACGUGUGUCCGCGUUUGCCACUUAUAAGCAGUUGCAGCAAGAAACGACACCGCAGUUGGGUUUGAAGAAGAACAAGAACAAGGGCUCCAUCUCCAAGACCUCACAUAAGCUUCUAAAAAAGAAACGGAAGUCUUCCAUGCCAAUUUAUGAAGCAGCCGUAAACAAUUCUAAGGUAUUGCGAGAGGAUAGUGGACGUGUAUUACAGUCAUUUCUUCCCACAAACAAGAAAACAAAAGUCUCCAGCAGGAAAGAAAAAAAAUUGUGCACAACUGAAAAUACUGGAAAACCACGAGCUGUGGAAUUGACGGGUUUGGAGAGAAACAGCAAACAACAUGUGGGGCCGUCUCUACGCUCUGUGCUGCAGGAACUGGGAAAGGUGCAGAACAGUAAGGAUCGAGCUACAGCCCUGUUUGAGUGGUUUAUUUCUCCUAUUACAUCAGCUGAAUUCUUCAGGAAUAUGUGGGAGAGAAAGCCUGCUCUGAUUAGACGGCACAACACCAAAUAUUAUGAUGGAUUCUUUUCCACUGCAGAGUUUGACCGGAUUCUCAGAGAAGAUAAUGUACAGUUUGGCAUUAACUUGGAUGUCACAAGUUAUACUGAUGGAGUACGAGAGACCCAUAACCCUCCUGGCCGAGCCCUGCCCAUGGUUGUGUGGGACUACUACAAUAGCGGAUGUUCGCUGAGGUUACUGAAUCCACAGGCCUUCUCCGUCACAGUAUGGAAUGUCUUGUGUAUCCUACAGGAGCUUUUUGGAAGCAUGGUUGGGGCAAACAUGUACUUGACUCCCCCUGGCACCCAGGGAUUUGCCCCACACUAUGAUGACAUUGAGGCCUUUGUGAUUCAGCUGGAAGGCAAAAAACACUGGAGGGUCUACAAUCCUAGGGACAAAUCAGAAAUUCUCCCUCAGUUCUCAAGUGCAAAUUUCACGGACCACAACAUUGGGGAACCAAUUUUGGAAACUGUAUUGGAAGCAGGAGACCUCCUAUACUUCCCUAGGGGGUUUAUUCACCAGGGUGACUGUCUACCUGAUGUACACUCCCUGCACAUAACCGUUUCCUCCUUUCAGCGCAAUUGCUGGGCAGACCUACUGGACAAGCUACUCCCAGCAGCCCUGCUGAUUGCAGCAGAGGAGGACGUGGAUUAUCGGAAGGGGCUUCCUUUGGAUUACCUGGAGUACAUGGGAGUACAGAAUGCAGACUUGUUGGACCCGCGCAGAAGUAGCUUCAUAGAGAAGGUGCACACACUGAUGAGGAAGCUGACAGAGUACGCCCCGGUUGAUGCAGCAGUAGACCAGAAGGCUAAAGCAUUCCUGCAUGACUGUCUACCUCCUGUACUGACCCCUGCUGAGAGAGAUCACAGUGUAUACGGAGCUCCAGUGCGAUGGGAAAACGGACAUGUGAAAGAUUGUGUAGUGAAACUAGGAAAAGACUCAAAGAUAAGGUUUCUGAGAGGUGGGGUGGCAAGGUUGUGUAGUGAAGGCGACGCCUGCGUGUUGUAUUACUCAACCGAUAACUCCAGAGUGUAUCACAAGGAGGGACCAAAGAGCAUUGAUGUUGAUGCCGAGGAUGUGGAUGCAGUAGAAUAUCUCCUCCGGUCUUACCCUACCUAUGUGACAGUUGCAAGCCUUCCACGUGAAGAGCUGGAUAACAAGCUUACUUUGGCCAAUAUGCUGUUUGAGAAAGGCCUACUCACCACCAAGACAUAAAGUUCUGCAUUUCAAAGAUCUGGAGAACACAAGUCAUCAGUAAUAUUUGGGAAUCCAAACAUGUUUGCCCUCAGAAUCUUAGAGCUGGGAAGAGGAAAGCUCCAAACUUGUUCCCUUCCACAGCUUUUUGUGCCUUGGGACGCUUGUAACCUCAGCAACGUACCAGGGGGAGAAUUGCUCUGUGUCACUUUCUUAAGACAUUAGUUCCACAUGGAGUACUUGAUGUUCAGGAGGGACAUUGUCCCUGUUCUUCUGAAAUCCAUGUGAAAAACUGAUACGUUUUCUAACUCCCAAGUCUGGCUGAGAAUGUUGACAUCUGAAUAAAUUUUCUGCGGAUUCAAAUCGAUUGGAAGUGGAAAUUUACAUGACUCUUAGUAUUCAUAUGUCUGAAUAGCUGCGUUUUAUGGAAGGACUGACAAAUGUGAAUAUGUUUGACCUGUUUGUGCCAAAGUAUUCACCAGUAAAUUGCCAUGAUUUGUUGUUUUUAUUUUGUUUAUUAUUUAUAAGGUUCCCGUUGCAUCCUUUAUACUGUACUGCAUACAUUUCAAAGGGAUAUUUGUGAAGCAUUAACUAUGGCCUGCAAUGUGACAGAGAUAUUGCUAACAAGAGAGGCCAUGCACACAAACUCAUAGUGCCAUUGUCUCAUGACUGUUUCUCAGUGUCUUGUUACUGCUGCGAUGUUUAGAAUUUGCAUGUAGUUUCCAAGAAAAGUAAAACGCCAGCUCCCAUCCUUGUAAUUGCAAAGUUGUCCAGGCAGGAGUUGGUUAAACAUUUAAAAAAAGAUUCAUAGUUUUAUGUGAUGUACAUACAAUGAAAAUGCUGCAUUUCUAGUGUACUUGCCUGUUUAAGAGCGAUCACUUCAGGGAGAUUGUGCAGGGUCCGAGGGUUUCACCCUCAGCAGGACUUAUUUAUAUUUUACCGUAAAAGUUAUGGCAACUCCGGCAAUAAUAAGGUGUCACAGGCAAUCUUGGGGGCCCAGUCACUUGGUAGAAUGAGUAAAGAAUAGCAAAAAAAAAAGGAUUUAUAGGGCUUGAUAAAUAGUCCUGCAAUUCUUUAACUAUCAAAAACCUGACACGUCAACAAAAGUAUUUUGGUCCUUUUUAAUAAAUUACUAAAAAUCAAAUAAAAUCAUAAAAGAAAACUGA